CUGCUUUGUCAGGUAGUUAAUUCCUUUUAAUGUCAUUGUCAUCUCUUUUAAAACUAUGCUGGGGCCGAGUGUUGAGUUCCGUGUGCGAUAACAGCUCCAUAAAACAGUUUGUUACAUUUAUAUGUGAGGAGUUAUUCAGCCUCACAGCUCGCUGGCGAGUCGGCUAACCCAGCUAACACUCCUGUCGACGGGCUAGCUGCGCUAAUGUGGUAGGGCUCGGUUAGCAACUAAAGCGUUGCGCAUUCAAAAUGACACUUUGCGUUGUUUAAAGGUUCACAAAACUGACUGUUGUGUUUGGGCGGAAACGCAGUGAAUCAAUGCGAGACACUAACAUGUCGAUAAUGUAAUUCUGUCAUAAAGCGGACAAGAUUCUUUGUCUUUCCAUCUUUGCCCUGCGUUUACAUGGAGAAGACCUCCUUUUAGUUGAUCGUGGCCCGCCUUUGUAGAGCGGUGAUUGGCUGCUUGGCGUGUCCGUCAUUAACUCGAGGCCGGUGAUUGGUGGCUAACCAGGAUGACAACGCCAGUUUUGUUGCUUUAUUCCCCUGCCUUCAACAUGGCCUUCCGUAGCUCCUGUUGUAACUUGGCUAACAUUAGCUCACAUGAAGAUUGCGAUGUUAUUAGGAUAUUUGUUGUCUUUUCCUUCCAGUGAAUGAAUUGAACUUUUAUCCACACGUUAAAUUAGACGAAUUAACGGCGUCAGUCUUCGGGCUAAACGUUAGCAAGAUUACUGUAGCCUUAACGAGACUCUUGCUGGUGGAGUGUUUCGAUAGAAAAUGGAUGUCGUUGUCUUAACUGUCGUCCUUGGCUGGAGAUUAUUUAUUACAAGAUAAAGCAACACAUCGAACUCGUAUUAAAUUUCUCGCUCUAUUAUCCAAUACAUCCAGCACUUUCCACGGUGAUGGACCCUCCUGGUGGGGGAGACGAACGGCGGAGGCAGGCAGAGCGUCUUCGUCGGGAGGAGGCAUACUAUCACUUUAUUAAUGAAUUGAGUGAAGAGGAGUACCGCCUAAUGAGGGACAGCAACCUGCUUGGCACUCCUGGGGAGGUGACUGCUGAGGAGCUUCGGCAGCGUCUUGAUGGAGCAAAAGAGCGCAUGUCAUCUCAGCCUCGUACUGAACAGCGCUCGCAGACUGCUGAUUCUGGAGAGCAGCAGGGCAGUAGCGGUGAGGGAGAGGAGCGAGGUGCUGGAGGAAGACGCGCAGCAGGGGGCGCAGAGCCCGGAGCAGAAACUUCUAAUGGUGACUCAUUACUGGAGUGGCUUAACACAUUUAGACGCACUGGUAAUGCCACUCGCAGUGGCCAGAGUGGCAACCAAACAUGGCGUGCCGUCAGCCGGACCAACCCUAACAGUGGAGAAUUCCGCUUUAGCCUGGAGAUCAACAUUAACCAUGAUCAGCCAGAGCCUGGGGAGCAUAAUGACACUGUGGACACUGCAGAGCUGCCAGUGACUGCCCCAAACACGACUUCACCCUCUAUACGCACUGCUUCCUCUUUCUCCAACACUCGGCCUUCAACCACGCCAAGGCCAGCCCCUUACCCCACCCCCCGCCCGGCCCUAAGUAGGAGGAUGCAGUCCCGGCGUCCACGCAGCAGCACUACCACUCUUUCUAUGAGCCCCCCCGCACUUUCUGCACCAGUGGCCAUCCCAGCUACUGCUCAAAGGAGAGGAGCCACUUUGCACUCUUUAGUACCACCUCCUACUGUUCCCAACCCUCCAACUGAUCAAACUACACCUUCGCAACAUCAAGCCCUGAAUGCAGAAGUAGAGCAGGGCAAUGAUGAUAUGUCUGCUUCUUUAGACUGUCCCCGUGUGUCACCGCACUCUGGGUCUCAGGCCCCAGCUGUGGGACAGGAAUCACGUGGCAGUAGGACUCGAUCACGUGGUCGUGCACGCAGGGCUUCAGCAGGGGGUGGGGUUUCAUCCCGCUUGAGGCGCAGCCGUUCCCCCUUGCACAGAAUACCCAUUGCCAGUACCACUCCACCAUCAAGCAGUAGUGGCAGUGGCUCGAGCAUUCACACUGUUGAGUCAGGCAGUGGCACAAGCUCUGUUUCCAUAGAGACCGGUGAGACUGUUACAGAACCUGCAGCUGUAACGGAGCCAGCUGUAGAGACAGGAGAACGCGAAAGUGAAUCGCAUCUCGUAGGAGCAGGAAGUUCAGCAGUGCGACGACACCCAACCAUCAUGUUGGACCUGCAGGUGAGAAGGAUUAGACCUGGUGAAAACCGCGACCGGGACAGCAUCGCCAGCAGGACACGUUCUCGUGCCCGGGUUGCUGAGAAUACGGUCACAUUUGAAAGUGAUAGUGGUGGAUUUAGACGCACCAUCUCCCGCUCUGAGCGAGCUGGAAUCCGCACCUAUGUGAGCACUAUCAGAAUUCCACUGAGGCGCAUCAGUGAGACGGGCCUCGGGGAGCCGAACUCCACCGCCCUGCGUUCCAUCUUACGCCAGAUCAUGACUGGAUUUGGGGAGCUGAGCUCCCUAAUGGAAACGGAGGCUGAUUCUGAAACUGUUGCACCUAGCCACACUGAUGUUAGUGUUACAAAUAGUAGCAUCAGCCCAGCCAGUCGCCUACAUACAAACGAGAGCGACGCUGGCCAGGUUGGUACAGGUGGGGUGGAUCAGGAGAGGGUGGGGCUAGUGGGAAGUGAGGAGGACCAGGGUGGGCAGGCCAGGCUCGGAGGAGGAGUAGUUAGCACCACAGAGGGACGAGCAACCAGCAGAGACACCAAUAACCUGGUAGAAAACGGUACACUACCCAUCCUGCGGCUGGCACACUUCUUCUUGCUCAAUGACGAGGAGGAUGACGAACACCCUAGGGGCCUGACCAAAGAGCAGAUUGACAAUCUAUCCACACGUACCUAUGGUCAGGCCAACCUGGAGGGGGAGAUGGGUCGUGCAUGCAGUGUUUGCAUCAAUGAGUAUGCCCAGGGCAACAAGCUGCGGCGCCUGCCCUGCUCCCAUGAAUUUCACAUCCACUGCAUCGACCGCUGGCUCUCUGAGAACAACACCUGCCCCAUCUGCAGGCAGCCCAUACUAGCAGUGCAUCAUGACUGACCUAUUUGCUCACAAACACAACUAUCAAGUUCCUGGCUGGCUGAACUGAGCAUACCCAAGUGGGCUUUGCAUGUACAUAGCGCUUUCAUGGUUUAAUUUCUUUGAAAAUAUCCAUUGUGUUGAAGUUGAAGAAGGUUGAACCAAAAGUGCGGAAAAAAAGAAACUAUAAAUGCAGAGAAUUAACAGAACUUUAUUUUUUUAGACUCUUUGUUUUCAGCAACAUAUUACUGUUUUUAUUUUCUUCUUCUUCCUAUGACCUGUUUCAAUGGUCUCUGUCAUGAAGCUUAAGAGGCCCAUCUCAAAAAGAUGGCAUUAAUGCUUAAGGAGCUCCUGUAGCCGCUGCUGACUAGUCUCACUUUAACUCUUUAAUGUCUGAUGAGUGUGACGUCUCUUUGUCACAACUGGAAGACACAAAUCACUUCUAGACUUGAUUUAUUCAGUAUAAGCUGUAAAUAAUUCACCACUGCUUGUAUUUAAGGGUUUUGAAGCAAGUUGCUCCUCACAUGCCAUCUGUUUAAAUUGGAAGCAGGAAACUUUUCUUUUUUUUUAACAUUUACUAUUUUAAAGCUUCAACAUACAUUUUAAAGUGUCCCUUUACAGUUGGUUUAGAAGUGUAUGAUUUAUUGGGAUGUGUAUGAGCUAUGUAUUUAAUUUUGAAAUAAGUUUUAUUCUGUAUGUCUACUAGUAUUUGUUGAAGCCCUUUCCAUACACUUGUUCCAUAUGAUUGCAAUACAGAAUUCAUCCAUAAAGUCACCCACUAAAAUCCGCCACUUUGAAAUCAUUAACAUUACCCAUAUGAGCAGCACAAUUCAAAUGAAAUGCAGAAGGCAUGUGAUAAUCAGGAAUUCAGAGAUGUAAUUUAGUAUGAGUUGUGCAAUACGGAGAGAAAAGACAGUAUUGUUUGUUUUGCUGUUCAUUGUUGUUUACAUUGUAAUGCCUGAUUAUCAUCUCCACUUAAAAACAAAGUCUUGUUUACCCUGAAAUCAAUGUUUCCUCUUGGUUCCUGUUGCUGUUCCAUACCCGGCAGACACCCUGGGACCUGUGUCAUGAAGUUGCAUUGAGUAGUUGGCUUGAUACAUAUGCUGAUCAAAAUCUGGAGCAUGGAAUUAAAGAAUAAAAAAUAGAUUUUCUAGAGUUUUUAAAGUUGUCCAGCUAACUCAAAAA